AUGAUUCGUCGUUUUUUUAAUAACCAAUUAAAUGUAAAACUAAUAAACGCAGCACCAGCUAAAAUAGUUAUUGUUCGCUUAAAAUAUCGAAAUAUCGUUGUCGAUGUAACUGCCGGUGACAAUGGUGACGACGCUGCUGCUGCUGCUGUUGCUGCUGCUGCUGCUGCUGACGAUGAUGAUGAUGAGGAUGAGGAUGAGGACAUUCUUUUCCUUUUAUUAUUCCUUGCAUUGAUUUAUUAUCCAAUAAAUUUCCUUAUUUCACAAACUUAA